GAUCAGGAACGCUGGACUUUAUUUCAGCUGAUAUUUCAUACACAAACAGGCCUGAUGGAGGAGACACAGCAUGUUAAAAUGAGAGAAAAAACUCACUCACUGAAGAGAAAAGACAGAAAACGUGUCACCUGCACUCAGUGUGGGAAGAGUCUGGCAAACAAAGACAGUCUCAAGAGCCACAUGAGGAUCCACACCGGAGAGAAACCAUUCACAUGUUCUCAGUGUGGGAAGAGUUUCAGAGACUCAUCAAACCUUAGUAGACACAUGUUGAUCCACACUGGAGAGAAAACACACAAGUGUGAUCAGUGCGGAAAAUCAUUUCUGUUGGCUUCAAGCCUGAAUGAUCACCUUAGAGUUCAUGCAACUGAGAAGCCUUCAUGCUCUGUGUGUGGAAAGAGUUUUGCAUACGAAGGAAAUUUAAGAAAACAUCAGAAGAUCCACACCGGUGUGAGAGAGUAUGUGUGCUCUGAGUGUGGGAAGACUUUUAUUACAUCUACAAGCUUACAACAACACCAGAUAAUUCACACUGGAGAGAAACCUUAUAUAUGUUCACACUGCAGCAUGAGAUUUAGUCAGUUUUCACAUCUGAAAAUACACGAGAGGAUUCACACUGGAGAGAAACCGUACAAGUGUUCACACUGUGACAAGAGAUUUACUCAGUUGGGAAGCCAGAAAACACAUGAGAGGACUCACACUGGAGAGAAACUGUACAAGUGUUCACACUGCGACAUGAGAUUCAGUCAGUCAUCACAAAUGAAAUCACAUGAGAGGAUUCACACUGGAGAGAAACCGUACAUGUGUUCACACUGCGACAUGAGAUUCAGUCAGUCAUCACAAAUGAAAUCACAUGAGAGGAUUCACACGGGAGAGAAACCUUACAAGUGUUCACACUGCGACAAAAGAUUCAAUCAGUCAGGAAGCCAGAAAAGACAUGAGAGGAUUCACACCGGAGAGAGACCGUACAGGUGUUCACACUGCGACAUGAGAUUCAGUCAGUUAAGAAGCCUGCAAAUACAUGAGAGGACUCACACUGGAGAGAAACAAGUGAGAUUCAGUCAGUCAGAAACAUUGAAAAACACACAAGAGUGUCACGUCACACUUCAGCUGCUUGCCUUUAUUCAGUAUAUAUUGGGGCUCAACUGUAAAUUCCUCUACAGAAGCGAUCAGGAACGCUGGACUUUGUUAUUUCAGCUGAUAUUUCAUACACAAACAGGCCUAAUUGAGGAGACACAUGUUAAAAUGAGAGGAAAAGCUCACUCACCGAAGAGAAAAGACAAAAAAUGUGUCACCUGCACUCAGUGUGGAAAGAGUCUGGCAAACAAAGACAGUCUCAAGGUCCACAUGAGGAUCCACACUGGAGAGAGACCAUUCACAUGCUCUCAGUGUGGAAAGAGUUUCAGAGAUGCAUCUGCCCUUAAGAAACACAAGUUGAUCCACACUGGAGAGAAAACACACACAUGUGAUCAAUGCGGAAAUUCCUUUCUGUUGGCUUCAAGCCUGAAUGAUCACCUUAGAGUUCAUGCAACUGAGAAGCCUUCAUGCUCUGUGUGUGGAAAGAGUUUUGUACAUCAAAGAAAUUUAAGAAAACAUCAGAAGAUCCACACCGGUGUGAGAGAGUAUGUGUGCUUUGAGUGUGGAAAGACUUUUAUUACAGCUGCAAACUUACAACAACACCAGAUGAUUCAUACUGGAGAGAAACCGUACAUGUGUUCACACUGCGACAAGAGAUUCAGUCAGUUACCACAUCUGAAAGCACAUGAGAGGACUCACACUGGAGAGAAACCUUACAAGUGUUCCCACUGUGACAUGAGAUUUAGUCAGUUAUCACAUCUGAAAAUACAUGAGAGGAUUCACACUGGAGAGAAACCGUACAAGUGUUCACACUGCGACAAGACAUUCACUCAGUUAGGAGGCCUAAAAAAACAUGAGAAGAUUCACAUUAAGGAGAAACAAGUGAGAUUCAGUCAGUCAGAAACAUUGAAAAAAACACAAGAGGGUCACAUCUGCGAAUAAUCUUUUGUCGGGAGAGCAGGACGAGAAUUGGAGAAUGGCAGACUUUGUCUUUUAUCAGUGGAGUUCGUUCACAUUUAGACACAUCGCCGUGCUGCUGUGUUCGCCUA